AUGUCAAAACUCUCUGAAGAUCGUCUAAAUCUUUGUGCGAAGUUCGACGAUGAUACCUAUUACACAAACUUUCAAAGCUAUUACAAUAUUGUCGCUCAAGUGCACUCAGUGGUUUUGACUGCCAGAAAUAUAUAUGUUUUGCGUGUUUGGAGAGGCUCAUCGUUUGGACCAGAGCAUUUAAAGGAAAAGCGAGAAGCUGGAAUGUUUCAUAUAAACGAAGAAAUGUUUGGAUCCUAUAUCGUUCCACCAGAUAAUCAAAUUUUGAAAGUUAUCGAACGAUUUGGAAAAUCGUAUUUAAUCGAGAUUGUUGUCUAUGAUAAUCAUAUUGAAACUGUGAAAACAUUGAAGUCCCUCGACUUUGUUGCAAUUAAAAAUGUCCAUGCUUUCACGAGAGGUGACUAUCUAACAAUGACUCUUCAUGGUGGAAAUGGUAGUUUUGAUCGUGGAAUUUGGGUCGUUCCCGAAACUUCUGAAAAUUCGAAUUUCCAAAAAAUGAGAGAAGCAUGCAAUGUGUUGUUGAUGAGUGUUCAAAACGACACCGAUGACGUUCAAGAAUUCGGAACACUUGGUUCUGAUGAAACAGGCUGUGAUGUGCCUGUUAUUUCUAGAAAUCCCGAAGAGAGACAAAUCGCAAAGGCUUGCAAUAAAAUUGUGAUUGGAGAUCAGAUUUCUGUUGAUUAUUUUGUAAAAUCCUCAAAAUGCAACUACCAUUUUUUGACCCAUGCACACGCUGAUCAUUGUCGCGGAAUCAGUGCAAAGUUUCCGAAUAAAGUGUAUUGCAGCAAGGAAACUGCCAAAAUUUUGCAUUUAGUCGUUGGGGAACCCCUUCCGGAAGACCUAAUUCAUCCUCUCGAACUCAAUAUCCCCUAUAAAUUCGAACAUUUACAAGUGACCGCAAUCGAUGCAAAUCAUUGUCCUGGAGCAGUGAUGUUCGUGUUUCAAGGACCGUUAAUUGAUGAAAUCGCGGGCGGUCCGGUUCUCUGUACCGGUGAUUUUCGUGCCGAAGCAUCGUAUAUGCGACAGUUUGAGAAUGAGAAGCUUAGUUGGGUCAAGGACAUCGAUUAUUCUAGAAUCUAUCUGGAUAAUACGUAUUUCUCAGUAGAUGUUGCUUUUACGUCAAGAGAGAUUUCAGAGCAAUUACUACAAAACGAGAUUAUGGAUCAUCCAGAUACUGAUAUCGUGCUACCACUACACCGUCUCGGCCGGGAACGUAUCAUUGAAAAUCUGUCUUCGAAAAUAUUUGAACCGGUUUUUGUGUAUCCGGAAAAAUUGGCUAUCGGCAAAGCGUUGGGAUUCUUUUACGAGUAUGGGAUUCCGAAUCAAAAACGAAAGAUCCAGGUGGUGAAAAGAAACGGGUGGAAGAUGCCGGAUGCCACAGAAAAGCCAAUAAUUGUCGUCGAGGUCACACAAGUCGAACAUUUAUAUGGAGCAACUUCUGAAUCCAAUUCUAACAUCAAAAUCCCAUACUCCGAUCACUCGUCGCGCGAAGAGAUUCUGAAAUUUUUGAAAUAUUUCAAAUUCAAAGAAAUCUACCCAACCUCCAAAUCAUACUCAAAAGCGGAAUUCAAGACUAUGAUGCAAGCUGGAAAAACGUUUACCGAGGAAAAUUUGGAAAAGCAACUUGAACUCCACACGUUCUUAGAAAAGUGUCCCGAAAAGUCUCCGAUUGCUGAGCCAAGGAUUCCAGGACGCGUUUAUCGAUCCGAUUUUGCGGAAAGCCAGUGUCCGUUUCCACGUGGCGUUGUGUGGCAAGACGAGCAUGAAGAGUGUAUGACUGGAGACCUGGAUGAGUGGGAGGAAGGACCACCGCAGACGAUUCACGAGGCUAUUGCUAGGAGUAGAAAGCUGAUAAGACCCCGGACCACUACAACUUGA